AGGCAGAGAACUGGGCAUCAGAAGCAGCAGCCCUCUUCCCGGCAGACGGCACGUGCUCUCUGCUGCUGCUGCUGAAGAAGCAGAUUCAAAGAUGAAAGUGAAGCUUCUUCAGUCCUACGUAAUGGACCUGAGUGACCAGAAUGAAGUCUUAGUGCAAGCAAUGGAAGAGCUGGAGAGAGAAGCUGCCUGGAAGGUGACCACGCUGGAGGCAGAGCUUCAGGAGUACGUUGCCAGGGUAACGGAGUGUAAGCAGGAGAACAGUACCUUGCAGAUCACAAAGGCAAAUCUGCAGAAAGAAAUUUCACGCCCGUCCCUGGCUCAGCGCCCGGUGCCAACAGAACACCUUUCAGGAUCCGCAGCAACGCAGACAACCAACUCUUCAUCAGGGCGAGGGAUGGAGCAAGAGGACCUGGGAGCUCAGGUGGCCUCCAAAGGGCAGCUCAUCCAUCAGUUAAGUGUCCAGCGGAGGGAGGCGGCUCGCAGCCAGGAGGAGGCCAAAGCUGAGGUUCUGGAGAAAGAAGCCAAGAUCCAGGAGCUGCAGCAGAUCAUCACGGGCCUUCACCAGGAAAUUUCCCUGAAGGACUUGGAGGCAGCAAGCGAAAUGCAAGAGAAGCACCUGUUGGAGACCAAGAUCCAGUCCCUGCAGCAGAUGGUGAGCAGCGCCUUGGCACCGUGUUGUCCUGAGAGCCAGCUCUCCUGCUCCCAGGCCAGCGAGCUCCUCAAGGCAGAGCUGGAACGCCGAGAUGCAAAAAUCCGGAGCCUCCAGAGCCAGCUCUUGCUCCAGCAGGACAAAGGGGAUGGCCUCGCAGCCGAGCUGGAUGCUCAAGAGCAGAGGAUCUAUCAACUGCAGACCAAGCAGAGGGAGAGGCAGGCAGAACUGGAGCAGAAGCACAGCGAGAUCCAGCAGCUCGAACAAGAUGUGGAGGCCAGCCGUCAGCUACAGGAUGAGUCUCAGAGGCAGCUUGCGGAGUGUAAUGUACGCCUGGCUCAGGUGGAAGGAGAGAAUGAGGCCCUCAGAGCCCACCAGCGAGAGCAGCUGCUGGAGGUGGAGGAUUGGGUGGCCAGCCUGAAGAGCAGUGAGCGUGCCAGGGAGUGCCUCUCCCAUGAGGCAGCAGUGUGCGAGCGGGAGGAGCAGGCGGCAGAGCAGGCGUUGCUGCGGCAAAGAGCGGCCGGGCUGCAGGACGAGCUGCGGAAGAAAGAGGCCGCAAUGCACAGGCUGCAGACAGAGCUGCAGGAUGCCAGCCGGCUGGUGCAAGAAGCAAAGGCCCAGCUGGCCGGAGCAGAGGCAGAAGUGGUCUCCACGAGGAGCAAAUGCAGCGCAGCAUUGAGAGAGCACGUCAGUCUUCAUUAAAUCAGAGAGCAGCGAGAAAGGAUUCGCUUUUGUCCCAGCCAGAACGCGGCAGCUGUUUAAUUUCAAUUAACA